AAAUGGCCACUUUGCUUGAUUUUUUCAAAAAAAUUCCGUCGAAAAAACAUACGAAAACUAGCCCUAUUGUGGCCGAUUCUCCAGGCGAUGUUAAAAGCACUUCUCCUCAAGAAAAGGCGAAGGUAUUUACGCCAAAAGGAGGAAAGGAAAAUCUAGAAUUAAUCGCUAAACGUGAGUCGAAAGCUCACGUGGGAAAUAGCUGUGAAGACGAAUCGCCGGGAAGCGGCUCUGCAAAGCAAGAUUUGAAUGAUAAACGAGCGAUAUCUGACGAGAAUAGUGAUGACAAUAGUGAUGAUGAUGCUGUAACUGGAAGAAAAUUCAAUAGUAAAAGACCCAAGCGUAAAGCAACCUCGUCAUCAAUCAAGCCUUCUCGUAAGAAGUUGAAAUCUGCGUUAGAUUCUGAUGAAGAUUGUGAUGAUAUGGAAUCUGGGGAUGAAUAUCAUCCUCCAAAACACGAAAGUUCUGAUGAAUCAUGCAGCAGCGGCGUUGAAGAAGUUGAGAGCGAAGGAGAAAAAAGUGAAGAUGAAAGUCCAAAGAUUUCAAAGAAAAGAAAGCGUGUCAGUGCUGGUAAUUCAAGCACCCGAAAGUCUGCUAAACUGCCUUCAACUCCUUCUCAGUCCUCUCCUCCGACAACACCCAGCAGUCGGCUAUCAACCUCCUUAACGAGCAAACUUGCAAACAGUGUUGGUAGGGCGUCGACAGUCCUGUCUCGAUUCCAGGCAUCCCCGUCAUCUUCAACAGAGCAAUGCAAGAUGGCGGAUGAGGUGACUGUUUACACACAUGAGAAAUUAGAGUGGCUCACAGAUCAGAAAAUAAGGGAUAAAGAAGGACGACGUAUGAAUGACCCAGAUUAUGAUCCCAGGACACUUCAUGUUCCAUCAUCUUACCUGAACUCCAAAGAAGUAACCCCAGGAAUGAGACAAUGGUGGAAUAUUAAGAUGAAUAACUUUGAUACAGUUCUCUGCUUCAAGGUUGGAAAAUUCUACGAACUGUAUCACAUGGAUGCUGUUAUUGGUGUGAAAGAACUUGGAUUGACCUACAUGAAGGGCAAGUUCGCUCAUGCUGGAUUUCCUGAGAUUUCAUACGCUCGUUAUUCUGAUAUGUUUGUGCAGAAAGGAUACAAAGUCGCACGGGUUGAACAAACAGAGACGCCACAAAUGAUGAGCAACCGUUCGAGUAAAGAAAAAGUUGUUAGACGCGAGCUUUGUGCUGUUACCUCAAAAGCCACAAAAAUGUUUAGAUUCAACGAAGGUGAUAUCGCCGACGAUGCGGCGGCGUAUUUGCUGGCAAUCAAAGAGUCUGGUUUUGAGGACGUCAGCGGUGGAGAAAGCAAAUAUGGAGUUUGCUUUAUCGACACUUCCAUUGGAAAAUUUCACCUGGGAGAGUUUUCAGACGACAGGCAAUGCUCAAGAUUACGAACAUUAAUUGCUAACCAUGUCCCGGCUCAGAUCUUGUUUGAACGAGGCACCAUUACAAAGAAAACUCAAUCUGUACUUCAACACGAAAUGGUCGCCACCUUAAAGGAACAGCUUUACUCUGGUUCUGAGUUUUGGAAUGCCGCAAAAACGAUCAAAUUUUUACAGGAAAAUGAAUAUUUUCUCGAAGAAGGAGAGCAGAAAUGGCCCGAAGCGUUGAAAGAAAUAGCUAAUGGUGAUAAUGCUGUGCUUUCUCCAGGCGAAGAUUCUGAGCUCGCGUUUUCAGCCUUGGGCGCUUGCAUUUGGUAUUUGAAAAAAUGUUUGAUUGAAAAUGAGCUGUUAUCGAUGAAGAAUUUUGAGUUGUAUAAACCUUUGGAUGAAAACAACGUUCAUAAAAAAAGCGUAUCUUUCACACAAGGAAGGAAUCACAUGAUGCUGGAUGGUGUGACGUUGACAAAUCUUGACGUGGUACCAAAUGGUGCCGACAUACCCCUGGAGGGGACGUUAUUAGACCAGGUUCAGAACUGUUCUACCCCUUUUGGUAAACGACUUUUCAAGCAGUGGCUAUGUUCACCAUUGUGUAACCCAAAAUCAAUCAAUGACAGACUGGAUUCUGUGGAGGACCUGAUGUCGAGGCAUUCUCUUGUAUCUGAGGCGAGAGAGAUCUUACGAAGUUUACCUGAUCUUGAACGUUUGUUAAGAAAAAUUCAUAGCAUGGGGUCUGUUAAUCGUAGCCAGGACCAUCCUGACAGCAGAGCAAUCUUCUAUAACGAAGUCACAUACAGUAAGAAGAAGAUUGGUGACUUCUUGUCGACAUUGGAAGGCUUUCAAAAUGCAAGAAAACUUUGUUCAUUGUUUGAGGAUCAUUUGGAAACUUUCAAAUCCAAGCUUCUUACAAUGACAAUUGGUAUGGAAUCGUCAAUCGAGGGGGGGAAGUUUCCUGAAUACAAGGAUGAACUUCAUUUUUUCAAGAAUGCUUUUGAUCAUAAAAAAGCUAAAGAAGAAGGAGUCAUUUUACCUAAACCUGGUGUCGACCCAAAUUAUGAUAUGGCAAUACAAGAUGUCACUUCAACAAAAGAGAAAUUGAACAAUUAUCUGGAUCAACAGAAGAAGAGACUUGGAUGCAGGUCGAUUUGCUAUUGGGGUACGGGAAAGAACAGAUAUCAAUUGGAGAUUCCUGAAAAUGCUCUUGCCCGCAACACGCCUUCUGAAUAUGAGCUUCAGUCCUCAAAGAAAGGAUUUAAACGAUAUUGGUCACCUGAGAUAGUCAGACUGAAUGAAGAAUUAACUGACGCCGAGGAACGCCGGGACGCCAGUUUGAAAGACACGAUGAGAAAAGUGUUUUAUCAGUUUGAUGAAAGAUACGCCAUGUGGGAGAAAGCUGUUCAAUGUGUGGCUGUUCUGGAUUGUUUAAUCAGUUUAAUGGUGUACAGUUCUCAAACCGAAGGAACAAUGUGUCGACCAGAAGUUAUUCCUAUCAAAGAUGGCGAUGAGCCAUUUAUCGAAAUUCUCGAAGGUCGACAUCCCUGUGUGUGUCGGACGUACAGUGGAGGUGAUUUUAUUCCGAAUGACACGAUGAUUGGUCGAUGUAAUCCUUCUGAUAACCAGAGUUCCUGUGUCGUUGUCACUGGACCAAAUAUGGGAGGAAAGUCAACAUUGAUGAGACAAGUUGGUUUGAUUGUGAUCCUGGCACAACUGGGCUGUUAUGUUCCCGCGGAAAAGUGUCGGCUGACCCCAGUGGAUCGCGUGUUCACACGGCUUGGCGCUCAUGACCGAAUCCUGUCAGGAGAAAGCACGUUUUUCGUAGAGCUCAGUGAAACAUCAUGUAUAUUACGUCAUGCAACUAAGCACUCGCUGGUUUUACUGGAUGAAUUAGGUCGUGGUACAGCGACAUAUGAUGGAACCGCAAUCGCAUCGGCAGUUAUCCAUAAUCUAUCCCAAGAUAUCCAAUGUCGUACCUUAUUUUCCACUCAUUACCAUUCCUUGGUUGAAGAUUUCAGUAAUGACGCCACGGUCCGUCUUGGACACAUGGCGUGUAUGGUGGAAAACGAAGACGAAUCGGGUGACCCGAGCAAAGAGACGAUAACGUUUCUGUAUAAAUUUGUCGAAGGUGCUUGUCCAAAAAGUUAUGGAUUCAAUGCUGCACGAUUGGCCAGCAUCCCAGAAGAGAUUAUCCGUGUGGCCAUCAAUAAAGCGAAAGAAUUUGAAGACAAUGUUGAAAGAAUUAAGCUAUUCAGAGCUUUAACGAGUGAAAACAACAACAACAGUUUGAAAGGAUCGAUUGCUUUAACAUGCAAAAGGUUGAGGUAACAAAUCGUUGUUUGAAACGCGUAUCUUUAAAAGGUUUUUUAUCAAAAUGAUAUCAAACGUAACGAAACGUUGUUGCUGUAUACUAGAGUAUAUUGUUUUGUUCUGAUGUGGGACGUUACCACUGUACAGUCAUAUAGAUUUUAAUAUCUGCAUGCAGUAUAUUAACAGCAGAUUGUGCAGAUAUACCGCUGAGAUUCACUACAUGGAUCUUCCCAAAGCUUUAAUGAAUCGAAUAUUUAUUAAGAAAUAAUCAAAAAUGUUUCAAUAUAAGAUAUAAUUUCGUAUAUUGUCGUACAAUUGUUUGGGCUUUGUGAAAUAUAUAUUAGUACUACAUUGCAUAACAACAUGAAAUAUUCUGGUCGUUCAAAUAAAAUAGAGCGUGUCACUGACUUGCCACUCUAUUACGAACACCACAUCUCA